UGCCAACUGCAUAUACAGCGAUCGGCGUCUUCAACCUUGCAGAUUUACCAAAUCCAAUUUCGCGAAACCCUGAUUCAAUCGGCGUCUUCAACGCUGCAGAUUUACAAAAUUCAAUUUCGCGAAACCCUGAUUCAAAAACCUUGCAGAAUGAAGUCCAAAGCCCCUAAAGUUCAGGUCUUUGUUGAAGCCCCAGAGCUCCAGAUUCCUCGUCGCGCCCUAGCCCUAACCCUCGAUUCAAAUCUCACGCUGUGCCACCUGAAAAGCUCCCUCUUUCCCCAAAUUCAAGCCCCGGAUUCCGCUUUCUUCACCUCCAAUGGCCGAUCCCUGCCUGACGCCACCACACUGCAGAAUUCUCGGAUUGCCCCUAUGUCCACGCUCACGCUUCGCCUCCGCCUCCGCGGCGGCGGAGGUGAUGGCGGCGCCACGGGGGCGGAGUCCCGCGACUGUUAUCUUAACAUGUACGCCAUCAAGAAGCCGGAUAAAGUCGACCCCAAUGAGCAGAGGCUGUCGAAAUGGCUAAACUGCGCGCUGUCGAACGAGCCAUUGAAGCAUCCGGUGGUGGUGGAUAUGCUUGGGAAUCUGUUCAAUAAGGAGGCGCUUGUGAAGGCUCUGUUGUCCAAGAAAUUGCCAAAGGCUUUUGGGCAUAUCAAGGGUUUGAAGGACAUGAUCGGAGUUCAUCUUUCGAUGAUUCCAGGGUUAGAAUUAGAUGAGAACGUGAACGGUCAGACCCAGUUCCAGUGCCCGAUCACAGGAUUAGAGUUCAAUGGAAAGUACAGAUUUUUUGUUUUGAGGUCUUGUGGCCACGUGUUAAGUGCCAAGGCCUUGAAGGAAGUGAAGUCCUCGGCAUGUUUAGUUUGUCACAAAGAGUUUUCUGAAGCUGACAAAAUUGUGAUCAAUGGGAAUGAUGAAGAGGUAGCUGCUUUGAGGAAGAGGAUGGAGAAGGAGAAGGUGCAAUUGAAGGAGAAGAAAGCAAAGAAGGUGAAGAAUGGGGAAGCGGGUGUUUUCCCUGGGGAUAAUGUCUGUUUGGAUUCGGCGCGAUUGAGUGGCAUGAAACGUGGAACUGAUGGGAAGGCAACGGAUAAAGCAUUGGGAAAAGUUAAAGGAAAUAGUAAGGUUGCUAAGGAUGUUGCGGCAUCUGGAAGGGUUGAAGUUAAUGGUUCAAGUAAUGGUGUGGCAAAACGCUUCAAGGCAGCUGAUAUGGCACCAGCUAACUCUACCAAAGAAGUAUAUGCCUCAAUUUUCACCUCAUCAAAGAAGUCUGAUUUUAAGGAGACAUAUUCUUGCAGAUCUCUCCCACUUGGUAGGAACUGAUUUAUAAGGUGUGCGGUGGUGUAUCUGUCUGCCCCAGUUAAACAGGAACUUGUUAUGGCAUCACUUGUUAUUCGUUCAUAGUAAUGAUAGUCGUGUAGUCUGACAAUGUAUUCGGUUUUCCUUCCUCAUAAAUUUCAAGUUAUGGUUUUACCUCU